AUGUUCUCUCCCUUCCUCGUAUACCUCACUUUCCUCACUCUACAAGCUCAAUGUACCCAAGGCUCAAUUCUACAAUCCCAAGCAGACCUAAAGAGCUACUAUGACUUCAUCAUCGUCGGAGCCGGUCCAGGAGGAAGUGCAGUAUCAAAUAGACUCACAGAGGACCCCAAUGUAUCUGUUCUCAUACUCGAAGCAGGUGGAGCCAACAACGACAGCCUAACCAUCGACGUCCCUCUCCUCUGCACCAAACUAACCCCAAACACCCAAUGGGACUGGAACUACACCACAACGCCCCAACCCAACUUGAAUAAUCGCGUCUUGCCUUUUCCGAGAGGUAUAGGUUUGGGUGGGACGAGCGCAGUUAACUGCCUCGUCUACACCCGAGGAUCAAAACAAAACAUCGACAAAUGGGCUUCACUCACGAACGAUUCAAGCUGGGGAUGGGAUCGGAUGUUUCCGUAUUUCAAAAAAAGUGAAAAAUUCAACCUCCCCGUCGACGGACAUAACAUCACCAACCAAUUCGACCCUUCAUUCCACGGUUUCGAUGGGUACAUUGGCGUCAGCGUUCCAGGAGCUGGACGUGCCAUCGAUAGUAGAGUCAUCCAGACUACCCAAGAGCUUCCGGAUGAAUUCCCGUUCACCACCGAUGUGAAUACUGGUGAUCAGUUGGGUGUGGGCUGGGUCCAAGCCCUUAUAGACCGAGGUGUCCGUUCAAGCUCUGCGUCCUACUUUACACCCCAGGUGCUAGCUCGAGGGAACCUUGAUAUCUUACUCAAUACCAGGGUAUCGAGAAUCCUACCAUCGUCAAACAACUCCUUCAACGUGAUAGAAUAUCUCGACUCUGUCUCCGGCACCCUCAAAAACCUCACCGCAUCCAAAGAAGUCAUCCUCUCCGCCGGCACAAUCGGCACCCCCAGCAUCCUCCUCCAUUCCGGAAUCGGCAACGCCACAACCCUCACCUCCCUAGGAAUCACCCCCCUCAUCAACCUCCCCUCCGUCGGUCAAAACCUCACAGACCACAUCGGUGUCUCCUCCACAUGGCUCGUCAACUCCACCCUCACAUACGACACCGUCCUGCGCAACGCGACUCUAGGCGAAACCCUCCUGCGACAAUGGGAGGACUCAAAAACCGGGAUCAACGUCGAUACGUCCGAAAACCAUCUAGCGUUUCUUCGACUUCCGGAGAACUCGAGUGUGCUGCGAACAUUUGGAGAUCCGGCAGCGGGGAAUGAGACGGCGCAUUUUGAGUUUUUGUUCCAAAACGGUCUGAGUCAAAUAACAGCUUCCGGGAAUUACCUGAACAUCCCAUCAGGGAACGUAUCCCCAAGAUCAUCCGGCUCCGUGACCAUAAACUCCACCAACCCCUUCGACGCACCUCUCAUCGAUCCCGGCCUUCUCUCAGCCGAAGUCGACAUCCACAUCCUGCGCGAAGCCAUACGCACUGCCCACAAAUUCGUCGAAGCCGCCGCAUGGUCCGACUACAUCCUCCAAGACCUCACAAACGCGACCACAGACGCCGAGAUCGACGAAUUCAUCCGCAACAACGCAGUCAGCUUCUUCCAUCCAGUAUCCACAUCCGCCAUGUCCCCUUUCGGCACCACAGAUUGGGGUGUGGUGGAUCCUGAUUUGAGAGUGAAGGGCGUAAACGGGCUGAGAAUCGUUGAUGCUAGUGUUGCGCCCAGUUUGCCUGCAGCACAUACUUCGGCGGCUGUCUACGCUAUUGCAGAACAUGCUGCCGAUAUUAUCAAGUCUGCGUAUGGGUUUUUGUGA